ACUUUCUGAAAUGAUUUUCGCACAAAUCGUGUCAGACUUUUCGGGGUCCUACUGGGCCAAAAGAACGACUUUUUGUAUUGCUGCUUGCAAUGAAUUCCAUGGCUGUGUUUUGAUGCAGAGCAGCAAUUUGGAAACUUGAUGACCUUAUCUUCAGCCUGCUGCAGAAAUGCCUGGAGGCCAGUACCAGGUGACAAGCACCAAGCUCCACCACAGCCUCUACAGCCUGACAGACAGCUCUGACGUCGGCCCCGAGGAUGAGGAGGCUGACGCCCCGCUGCAUUUCACCCCCCUGCAGAAGCUCACCGCCGACAUGUGCAAGGACGAGAAGACCAUCAAGGAGCUGAUCAUAGGCCGCAGGGUGGGCUUCUACAAGGUCCGCGGGGAGAUCGGCUGUGGGACCUUCUCCAGGGUCAAACUGGCUUUCCAUGCUCUGACUAGAGACAAAGUGGCCCUGAAGAUCCUGGAUAAGACAAGGUUGGACGCCCACGCCCAGCGUCUGCUCUCCAGGGAGAUCAGCAGCAUGGAGCUCCUCCAGCACCCCAACGUGGUCCGUCUGUAUGAGGUGGUGGAGACGCCGAGCCGCCUCUACCUGGUGCUGGAGUACGCAGGAGGAGGAGACCUCCACAACAAGAUCUGCACCGAGGGAAAACUGUCUGACAACACCAGCAAGAUCACCUUCGCCCAGAUCCUUUCUGCCAUCAAAUAUAUGCACAACAUCAACGUCAUUCACCGGGACCUGAAGGCGGAGAAUGUUCUGUUUACCAGCAGUGGCUGCGUGAAGGUGGCGGACUUUGGAUUCAGCACGCGUGUUCCAAACCGCAACGACGCCCUCGACACCUUCUGUGGCUCGCCGCCCUACGCCGCCCCGGAGCUCUUCAGGGACGAGUGCUACCUGGGGCCCCCAGUGGACGUGUGGGCCAUGGGGGUCCUGCUUUUCUUCAUGGUAACCGGCACUAUGCCGUUCCGAGCUGAGACCAUGGGGAAGCUUCGGCGCUGCAUCAUCGAAGGCGCCUACACCAUCCCUCCCUGGGUGCCCGGCCCCUGCCAGAGGCUCAUCAAGGGCAUCCUGAAGGCGAACCCUGCCGAGCGUUACGCCGUUGACCAGAUGCUGGGUUGCGAUUGGCUCUUACCUGUGGAGUUUCCCUGGUCGUUGGUGCCUCCCGAACCAGCGAGCCCUCUGCAGAGCUUGCUGGACUCAGAGCGCGGGGACCUGGAGGAGGAGGAGCAGGAGGAGGUCAGGAGCAUGCUGGAGGAGCUCGGCUUUACCGCGGAGCACCUACGGAACAAUCAGCCCAAAGACAGCCGCAGCCCCGUCACCGGGGUUCAUCGAAUCCUGCUGCACCAAGCCCAGAAAAGGAGGGGCUGCGACACUCCCCCAGUGGUCCGAGGAAUGAAUUUUGGUGACAGUAUUUCAGCAGCAACAUGGAGAAAGUGUGAGGCUGCCCCCCCCCCGAGCAGCAGAGCGAAAGGGCAGGUGGAUGAUGCCAUCUGUGGACUAGAGGCUGGCCAUAAAACGGCCUCACUGUGCGCACAGAAGCCUUCUAUUAUCUCGGCCCUCCAUACAAAUGCAAAUGAACAGCGCGUGCCAGAGCGCUGUGCGUGCUGCGCAAUCUGCGCUGCUGGCCCAGGCGGACCACGUGGUCAUCAGCUGGCCAGAAAAUCCUUGCUCCUUGUCUUUAUUUAUUUACUCUGGGGAGUUCAGGGGGCACACGAACUCAGUUCUGUAGGGAAACUUGUGAAGUUUAUUGCACCUUUGUUUGGUUUUGUGCGUAGAUCCCCAACUGUCUUUAUCUGUGAACUUAUUUCUGACAACUUUCUGUUAACUUCCGAUCGCUUUUACGCAUGACACUUUAACGCACAUCUCUAUUUCAUCUGUUCCACUGACUGGGCUGUUUCUCCCCUGCAGCUCGUGCUGAUUUGUUUUUAUUGAGUAUUUGGUGUGUAGAUCCACCAAAUGGCUUUAUCUGUGGUUUCAAAUAAACUUGUUUAUGACAACUUUCUGUUCAUUUCCGAUCACUUUUACGCACGACGAAACUUUUACGCACGGCUCUAUUUCAUCUGCUCCACCGAUAGAGUAGUUUCUCCCCGACAGCUCGUGCUUAUUUGGUUCUAUUUUAUCUGCAUAAUAAUUCAAAACAUAUCUUGCAUCAGGUCAGGCCUGCUGCCACUGCGGCGUAAAAAGAGGAGGGGGGCUGUAGUGGAGAGGCGGUGCAGGAGACACAGGUUAGCGGUGAUUGAUUCAGCGCUAUUGUUCUGAGGAAGGCAAAGCGGCAGAUGGAGAACUGUCGCUAUGACACCCCUCCUCUCCUCUCUCCUAAACCCAGGUCAACCCUGACCCCAGGGCGUGCCGAUCUUUUGUCUACAAGUCUCCACAUUCGCCGGUCUGUUGUCUGAGUUUUGAUUAAAUUUGAAUGCCAAAGAAAACCGCUUAUGGUCUAAACUUUCACAAUGAAAAGUGUUAUCUCCAAAAUAUGCCAGACAUGUAAAGGCAGAUAAAAAUCAGUUUGAUGAAAGUGUGUUUUGGUAAACAACAAAACUCGUAUAUGUACGUUACUGCAGCAACAAAAUAAUUUGUUUAUUUCUACAUCGCUUUCAGUAACUGUCCGCGUGCUGCCAAGUCGUCAGCACAUCAGCUGGCCAAGAGGCUUACAUUUGGGCCAAAGUUUGAUUUGGAUCCAGCUGAUAGAGGCUUAAACACUGAGCUAUUUUAGGAAGGAUCAGCUUGCAUGGCCACAGGGCAGUCGCGUGCAAAUCGAUACCGACCUAUUGUUGCUGAAGCACAUCUGCCAGACGGAGGCCUCCCCGGCAGCGCGCGACAGGUGUUGGUGGUCAGAGCUCUUUUCUGGUGACCUGCGGCCACUAUAGCCCUAAACCUCUUUGUAAGGACAGAACGUGUCUAAAGCUGCAGGAUAAGAUGUUUAUUUGGCUUCUGAAGUGUGCAAAUAUGACUUGGGGUUAGGGAAAAUAGGCGUUAUUAGAUAUGGAAAACGUAAAAUAAUUAUUUUUGAUUGAAAGUGUUUUUGAGCUAUACAAACAGGCAAAAACUUAAUAAACUUAAGUGUGAUUUGGCUAAACGUCUGCGUUCGGAUUUUAUUUAACCUGAAGACUUAAAAAUCAUAUUUGC